CCCUUUGGCCGCAGAGCUGCCGGAGCAGCCAGCGCCUGGCCAGAGCCUCCGCGGGGAUCCAGGGACGGGACAGACAGAGAUAGGUCGAGAGCGCCGGGUGCGGGAUGGCUGCGUCCCCGGCGGGGUCGGUGGUGAGCGCCGGGCUGGAUGAGAGUCCCACGGGGCUGAGCCCAGCCCCUGGGAAGGAGCUGAGCCCGGUGCUGCUGUGCAAGGUGUGCGGGGACACCAGCAGUGGGAAGCACUACGGCAUCUAUGCCUGCAACGGCUGCAGCGGCUUCUUCAAGCGCAGCGUCCGCAGGAAGCUCAUCUACAGGUGCCAGGCAGGGACAGGGCUGUGCCCAGUGGACAAGGCUCACCGCAACCAAUGCCAGGCUUGUCGGCUCAAGAAGUGCCUGCAGGCUGGCAUGAACAAGGACGCUGUGCAAAACGAGCGCCAGCCCCGCAGCACAGCCCAGGUCCAGCUGGACAGCAUCCAGCUGGAUGCUGAGCUGCCCCCUGAGCACGUGGCCACCACAUGUGAGGUCCCCCCAUCACCCUGUCCGGCUCCUCAUGGUCCUGGUGCCACUGUCACCCCGCGUCCCCGAGCACCCACACCACCCACCAACCAUCGCUUCAUGGCCAGCCUGAUGACGGCCGAGACCUGCGCCAAGCUGGAGCCCGAGGACGCUGAUGAGACGGUGGAUGUGACAGGCGGUGAGCCGGAGCGGGCAGCCGGCGAGUACCAGGUGGCGCCGUACCCGGCAGCCAGCCCUGAAAACAUCUAUGAGACCUCAGCGCGUCUCCUCUUCAUGGCGGUGAAAUGGGCCAAGAACCUGCCCGUCUUCUCCAACCUGCCCUUCCGUGACCAGGUGAUCCUGCUGGAGGAAGCAUGGAGUGAGCUAUUCCUGCUCUGUGCUAUCCAGUGGUCCAUGCCCCUGGAGAGCUGCCCACUCCUGGCUGUCCCUGAGCCGGGCCCUGGGAAGCUGCUGCCGGCCACCCUGGACGUGCGGGUGCUGCAGGAGACCCUCGGCCGCUUCAAGGCGUUGGCUGUUGACCCCACGGAAUUUGCCUGCAUGAAGGCCGUGGUGCUCUUCAAACCAGAGACCCGUGGCCUGAAGGACCCUGAGCAGGUGGAGAACCUGCAGGACCAGUCACAGGUGAUGCUGGGCCAGCACAACCGUUCCCACUACCCCGGGCAACCCGUCAGGUUUGGGAAGCUGCUGCUGCUCCUCCCAGCGUUGCGCUUCAUCUCCUCGGAGCGCGUGGAGCUGCUCUUCUUCCGCCGCACCAUCGGCAACACCCCCAUGGAGAAGCUGCUGUGUGACAUGUUCAAGAACUGAACCCCCCUCCCACUGUCACCUGGCUUGUUUGUCACCCUGCGCUGGCACCCUGUCACCCCCAGCCUGGGGCUCCUCAGCCUGGGCUUGGAAGGUGCCCACGGUCCCACCUCUGGGGCAAUGUCCAGGACCAUGGAAUGCU